AUGAACUGGGUCGAGGUGGACCAACAGGACAAGCAAUAUGUUUCGUCUGAUGUCCCUCGGAGAAUAAAACAUAUUCAAUUUCAGCCUUUGAUCCCCAAGGAUAUCGUUCGUAUCUCCGAGGUCCAGGUCAGCGUUGCCGAGCUGUAUCAGAACAACGAAGAUGGAACGAGGGUCACUGCGACACAAGGACCUUUAGAUCCGCGUAUGGGUCCGAAUGAGAAGGGCAAAAAGUGCGCGACUUGUGGUGAAGAAGCGGCCAAGUGUGUAGGACACUAUGGUUACAUCAAGCUGGUGCUGCCAGUAUUCCAUAUUGGAUACUUCAGGCCCACUAUCAACAUGCUUUCAUGUGUCUGCAAAACCUGCGCCCGAGUACUUCUUCCUGCCGGCGAAAGAAGCACCUUCCUCAAACGAUUCCGUCGUCCCAAUCUCGAAUCCCUCCAACGACAAUCGGCAGCCAAAGCCGUGCUCGCCGCUUGUAAAAAGGUUAACAUCUGCCCCUACUGUACCGCUCCCAACGGUGUCGUCAAAAAGUCCGGGCCGCUCAAGAUCAGCCACGAACCCUAUCGCGCAGCCAAGAUGGCGAAUAUGAAGGACGAGUGGAUGGCGACGUUCAAGAGCGCCGUAGCGGAGAAUCAGGCGGUGGCGACGCAUUUGAGCAAGGCGGUGGAUGAUCUGAAUCCGUUGAAAGUGUUGAAUCUGUUUGAGAGGGUGACCGCGGAGGAUUGCGAGUUGUUGUCGCUACAUCCGGAAGUUGGUCGACCAGAGGACUAUCUCUGGCAGUACAUUUCUGUACCUCCACCUUGUAUCAGGCCCUCUGUUGCUUCAGAGGCUGGAAACAACGAGGACGACUUGACCGCCAAGCUCGCAGAAAUCGUAAACUACAACAACACACUGGCGUUGAUGAUGGAUCUCGGUCGAGGUAUUGAAAUGAUCUCCUCAAACUGGGAAGUUCUAGGCCAAGCUGUGGCCUUAUACAUCAACUCUCAGGCCCCCGGUAUGCAAGCCGUCGGCGGCAAGCCCAUCCGUGGCUUCGUCCAACGUCUCAAAGGAAAACAAGGUCGUUUCCGAGGAAACCUUUCCGGAAAACGUGUCGACUUCUCCGGCCGAACCGUCAUCGGUCCCGAUCCUAAUCUCCGUAUCGACGAAGUCGCCGUCCCCGAAAAAGUCGCGGUCAAACUCUCUUACCCAGAGAGGGUGACGGAUUACAACAUGGAGGCGAUGCGGCAGGCGGUUAUCAAUGGAUCGAGGCUGCACCCGGGAGCCAAUGUGUUGGAGAGGAAGAUGGAUAACGGGGGGACGAUGCGGAUUGCGAUGCAUGUGAUGAAGGAGAAGGAGGCGAGGAUUAGGUGGGCGAGGGAUUUGCAGAUUGGAGAUGUCGUGCAUAGGCACGUGAGGGACGGAGAUAUUGUUCUUUUCAACCGACAACCGUCACUGCACAAGCUGUCCAUCAUGGCUCAUAGAGUGCGAGUCCGUCCUUGGCGUACGUUCAGGUUGAACGAGUGUGUUUGUAACCCCUACAACGCCGAUUUCGACGGUGAUGAGAUGAACUUGCACGUUCCUCAGACCGAAGAAGCUCGAACUGAGGCUCUCGAACUCAUGAACGUCAAGAAGAACUUGGUCACUCCCCGUAAUGGCGAACCCAUUAUCGCUGCCAUUCAAGAUUUCAUCACCGCCUCCUACCUCCUCUCCCGCCGUGACCGGUUCUACGACCGCCAACAAUUCACUCAAAUUGCCUCCUAUCUCGGAGACGCGAACCUGAAGAUUGAGUUGCCCCCACCUACCAUCUGGAAGCCAGAGAGGCUAUGGACCGGAAAGCAAAUCUUCAAUCUGCUAAUGAGGCCGAACAAGGAUUCGAAGGUGCUUGUCAACUUGGAAGCCAAGUGUCGAACGCAGCAUGACCCCGCCAAGGAGGACCGUUUCCCGCCAGACAUGUCUCCGAACGAUGGGUACCUCGUGAUCCAAAAUAGCGAGAUCAUGUGUGGCGUAUUUGACAAGAAUACGGUCGGAGACGGAAAGAAGAAUUCCGUGUUUGGUGUCAUCUUGCGAGAUUACGGAACGGAAGAAGCGGCGAAUGCGAUGAACCGACUGGCCAAGCUCGCUGCCCGCUGGCUCGCGAACAUUGGUUUCUCUCUCGGUAUCAACGACGUUAUCCCCGGUCCCAUCCUCCACGCUUCCAAAGAUGCUCGUGUCGAGAAGGCGUACGUGGAUUGUGACAACUAUAUCGAGUUGGCCAAGAAGGGUCUGUUGGAGAACUCGCCAGGAUGUGAUCAGGAAGCGACGUUGGAACAAAAGAUCUCAAAGACGCUUUCAGACGUUCGAGAGGCUGUCGGAAAGACGUGUAUGCAGGAGCUGAGUAGGCACAAUGCGCCACUUAUCAUGGCUACUUGUGGUUCUAAAGGUUCCGUUAUCAAUGUCGCCCAAAUGGUGGCUUGUGUCGGUCAACAAAUUAUUGCUGGUUCCCGUGUACCCAACGGUUUCCAAGAUCGAUCCCUCCCCCAUUUCCGAAAGAAGUCCAAGAACCCUCCUUCCAAGGGUUUCGUCCGCAACUCUUUCUUCUCAGGUCUUACCCCUCCCGAAUUCCUUUUCCACGCCAUCUCUGGUCGUGAAGGUCUUGUCGAUACUGCCGUCAAGACUGCCGAAACCGGUUACAUGGCGCGAAGGUUGAUGAAGGCGUUGGAAGAUUUGUGUACGCACUACGACUUGAGUGUGAGGAAUAGUGUUGGAGGAAUUGUGCAAUUCCAGUAUGGUGAUGAUAUGCUGGAUCCGGCGUGCUUGGAAGGUGAUGCGACGCCGGUGGAGUAUGUUAGGAGUUGGGCGCAUGCUCGGAGAAUCACAGGAAACAAGGGACGGGCUCUUUACCCCUAUGAAGUACGCAAAAUUGCCGCCCGAAUCUACCCCGAGUCCUACAUCCCCGCUGUGCCGCAAGAAUGGCAAGGGUGCCACUACAAGUUCAGAGAGAUCACUUAUCAGUUCGUGGUGGACAAGAUUGUGAAGCCCAUGAUGCAGCAGAGGUUGAUGAGAGGGCUACCGGAUGCAGAUGAUGAGGAGAUGGCCGAAGAGUAUGAGUCUUUGCUCAACUCGGAUGACCCUGCUGUGUCGCGAGUGCUCGAAAACGCCAACAAGGUCACUGAAGAGCAACUUACUUCGUUCCUCGAGAAUUGUCGUAUCCGUUACCUCCGUGCCAAGAUCGAGCCCGGUUCUACCGUCGGUGCCGUCGGCGCUCAGUCUAUCGGUGAACCCGGUACCCAGAUGACCUUGAAGACUUUCCAUUUCGCUGGUGUCGCUUCUAUGAAUGUCACUUUGGGUGUGCCUCGUAUCAAGGAGAUUAUCAACGCCGCCAAGGUCAUCAGUACGCCGAUCGUCACGGCCGAGUUGAACAUCCCUGAGAGCGAGACGGCGGCAAGGAUCGUGAAGGGACGUGUGGAGAAGACUAUAUUGGGAGACAUUGCGUCGGUGAUUGAAGAGAGUUGGACGAACGCAAACGCAUACAUCGAGGUCCAUAUCGACAUGGACGCUGUACGUCGUUUGCAGUUGGAGGUUACCCUGGAGUCAAUCAAGUGGUCAUUAGUACGCGCCAGUAAACUCAAGAUUCCAGAAGGAUCUAUCCACAUCUCCAACAAGACCAGCCGAGUCCGUCUAUGGAUCGACGAAGUUGACAAGGACAAGGGCAACGGUAUCUACGAACGCCUGAAAUUCCUCAAGCGGGCCAUCCCGUCUGUCCAGAUCAAGGGUCUUCCCGGCGUCGACCGUGGUGUUGUCUCCAAAGACGAAAAGAAUGACGCCUACCACCGCCUGCUUCUCACUGGUUACGGUCUCUCCGAAGUCAUGGGUACCGAGGGUGUCAACGGUCUCAUGACCAAGACGAACCACGUCAUGGAGACUCAGCAGGUCCUGGGUAUUGAGGCGGCGCGACAAACGAUCUACAACGAGAUUCAAACGACAAUGCAGUCACACGGAAUGUCGAUUGAUCCUCGACACGUCAUGUUGCUGGGAGAUGUCAUGACGUACAAGGGAGAGGUGUUGGGUAUUACGAGGUUCGGCGUGCAGAAGAUGAAGGAUUCAGUGUUGAUGUUGGCGAGUUUCGAGAAGACGACGGAUCACUUGUUUGAUGCUUCGCUGUUCUCCAAAAAGGACGAGAUUCAAGGUGUCUCUGAGUGUAUCAUCAUGGGUACCCCAGCACCUGGAUGUGGUACUUCCUUGGCCUCCAUUGUUACCCCCGCUCCGCCUCUGCCGGCGAAGAGAUCCUUGUUGUUCGAAGCGGCGUAUAAGGCGGGACAGAGUCGAUUAGCGGCGGGGAUGGCCGUGGCGAUGAGAUAG